ACAUAGAUAUGUUUAGCAAUUCUCUUUCGUGUGUUAGCAUGGAGUGCUCAUUGUGUGUCAGGCUUGGUCUAAUCUGUGUAUAUAUCUCGAUAGUUCUGCAGUUUUAUAUAUAGCGUGGCAUGUAGUGGAUCGAGUGAAGAAGUUCGCAGAUUUUUGAAAAACACAUCUCUGUGGUAACUUUAUACGUAUAUUUGUUUUGUAAAGAUUAGGAAUUACCUCCAUAGCCACCAUGCAGUAUUACCUCAUUUUAAACAUUGCCGCAAGUAUGAUCAUCAAUGGGAUUUGGGCCGGAAAGUACAAUUGGCCAGAAAGCGAGAAACAGAAUUCGUUUGACAACUUCCAAGCAAAAGAGUCGGAUGGUUUAAAAGAAUUGGGCAUUGCUCAUACUCUCAAGCAAUCAAGAAUCCAGCAGAGUACAUUCAUGGCAAGCGGACCGCGAAGGCAACCAGCUGAUAGUCUAUUGUGCGGGUCAAGACAAAACUUGUUUUUCGGGAAACGGGAACCAUGUUGUAAGGGAAGGAAUGAAAACUGUCGCGUUGGUUCGAACGGGGAAUUCUGUUAUUGUGACGAAUUCUGCAAUCGACCACCGCAACCGGAUUGCUGUAUCGACUACAGUCAGAUUUGUUCGCGCUUUACUUUACUUGCAACUCCAUCAGUGACGCUUUCGGUUUCUACCUCGACUGAUCCACAAACCACAAACAGCCCAAGUACCUCAACCACUCAACCUCGAACUUUAUCAACCCUUACAAUCCCAACAACGACCCACUUACCGAUAUCUGAAACCGUUUGCUUCUUCGAUGGUGUUGGCUACAGGUUAGGAUCAAAGAAGCGUCGGAACUGCAACGUUUGCAUUUGUGAGAAUGUGAUAAAUGGUUACUUCCAAUUUAACUGCGAGGAGAAUGUGUGCCUUGUUCGCCCGAAUGUCAUCGAAGCUAUAAACGAAGGUGAUUUUGGGUGGACGGCUUCAAAUUUUACGUUUCUGUGGGGCUUGACGCAACUAGAAGGGUAUAAAUAUAAACUUGGCACAGCGAGAGUCCCCGACGAAGUAAGAAAUAUGAACGCAAUGCAUCCUCUCUCCGUGUCGAGUAAUCUACCAAAAACGUUUGAUUCCCGAACAAAAUGGCCAGGCUCUUUGUCGCUACCACGCGAUCAGGAAAACGAAGGAACGUCUUGGGCAUUUUCUACAACAAGUGUAUUAUCAGAUAGAUUGGCCAUCCAAUCGAAAAACUUUACGGUUGUGGAACUGUCACCCCAGCACCUCGUGUCUUGCUUCUCGAGUCACGAAGGCAGAGGAGAAAGAUUAGACCGUACAUGGUGGUAUUUGAGAAAAAAAGGAGUGGUUUCUACAGUUUGCUACCCUGAAUCCAGAAGCAAAUCAACACAAGGAAUCGGAUCUUGCGGCCUCGUUGCGCAUUCAUCCGGCGCACACAUAUGCCCGAAUGGAAACGUCAUUUCAUCAAAUGAGAUUUACAAAACCUCUCCCGUAUAUCGAGUAUCGUCCAAUGAAGAAAAUAUUAUGAAAGAAAUAUUUGAAAACGGUCCCGUACAAGCUGUUAUGAGAGUACAACCUGAUUUCUUCGUUUACAAAAGCGGAGUCUACUCUUCCACGGCAAUUGACAAUAUUGUGGUCGAACAAGUGAAAGACAACACGUAUCACUCUGUGAAAAUUAUUGGAUGGGGUGAAAAGAAAAGUAAAACGAACAGCGGCAAAUACUGGAUCGUGCAAAACUCAUGGGGUGCCAACUGGGGGGAAGGCGGGUACUUCAGGAUACGCAAAGGAGUGAAUGAAUGUGGAAUUGAAGAAAUGAUCUUGGCUGCGUGGCCACAAAUACCAUUGUCUAACGGCAUUGGGUGA